AUGCCCCUUUUUAUAUCAUCAAAGGACACGAAAGGAGCAACGAAACUGAUGGACGCGCUUGCAGAAGAGAUGGUGCCCCAAGGUGACGCCUUCCUCUUUGAGCGGAUCCACACGCUUUCACAGUUCUACCGGCGCAUGCGAUAUCGCCGAAAGGCGGCUUUUCUGACCUUUAUGCUGGAGAGCAAUGAGCUGCAUCUACGAAGGGUGCAACAACACCGGGCUGCCGCCCUGCUGCGGCCACCUGCACGUUGCAUCGCCUACAUGAAGGCCAAAAAUGAACAGUUCCUCUACAACCAAUACUGCCUUCGGGCCUAUCAGCUGGCAUCUUCGCCUGUGGCCCUGCGUCGAACAGAGGAGAAGGUUGUGUUUGAGUGCCGUCUCAUGCAGAGCAUCCCUCGACCCCGGACUAUGGAUGCGAGGACCCUGGUUACUUAUCCCUCAACCCUCUCCGUAAGCCCCAUAAUCCUAGGUUGGCCCGCUAUCCAAAAGGAGAUGCUUGCAAACGCUGCUGACAGGUUGCGUGCCUAUAUCAAGAAGGAACACGAGCACCUAAAAGAUGCAUCCUGGAGCCAGUGCACCCUUCUCGUCGGCCUCCUCUUCUCCCUCCUGAAUGGCUGGCAUCAGGAGCUGGAUGAACCCCACGUGACGGAGUAUGUUGAGACUCUCAAGACACUAUCGUCUGCCUGUCCGUCGGACCAGUUAACGCCUCCACCGCCCUCAGCGACGCUGGCACGUUCUAUUAGUUGGCCGCAUAAAAACUCCGUCAGCUCCCCACCACGAACCCCCGUCAGCCCAUUGGCAAUAGAGCCGCUGGACGGGAACUGGUUCCAGUCAGAUUCUGACCUUCGUCCUUUGUCAGAUCUUGUGGAGACACCGGUUACUCAUCUGCCUCUCGUAAGCAUUUUCACCAGCGUAUACAUUUUGAAAAAAAUGUGCAAGCUUGAAUUCCUGCAUCUCUGUCGGGAAUUCAUCGACUUGGUGUGCAACGAUGUCGGUUACAUCGAGGUCAUCUUCAAAAAUGAGUUGCCCAUUGAGCUCUGCUUGCGGGACUUUGUACGUCUACGUAUUUCCCUUUACAAGUACUUGUCUCGUUUAAAUUAA